GCCUGGGACAUUGCUAUUGGAUGCUGGGCACUCCGCGCAGAAGAUCGCGAGGGCCACCCGUGUCCAUGAGCAUUUAGACAACGAGACAGUUGCAUUCUUUGAGGGCGGGCUGGGCCCCUGGCAUGGCGACUGCCAGUUGGAGGCCGAGCUAGAG